CGGAAGUGGAAUCGUGUCCCCGCGCUGUGGACCUGUAUUCGUGUUAUUAAGGCAACCUGUAUUUCCGUUCUGGUGCUGAACUAUAAUAGACGCCUCGUCGGCGGUGGAAUUUCCUGUUGCUUUUCUUUAAUUUUCGAUAACUUUAGUCAGCGAUGGCGGGUACGGCGUUAAAGAGGCUCAUGGCUGAGUACAAGCAGCUGACUCUCAACCCCCCUGAGGGCAUAGUGGCAGGUCCCAUUAAUGAGGAGAACUUCUUUGAAUGGGAGGCUUUGAUCAUGGGCCCUGAAGACACAUGCUUCGAGGGAGGUGUGUUUCCUGCCAUCCUCAGCUUCCCCUCAGACUACCCGCUGAGCCCCCCGAAGAUGAGGUUCACCUGCGAAAUGUUCCACCCCAACAUCUACCCAGAUGGCCGUGUUUGCAUCUCCAUCCUGCAUGCCCCCGGUGACGACCCCAUGGGCUAUGAGAGCAGUGCUGAGCGAUGGAGCCCUGUGCAGAGUGUGGAGAAGAUCCUGCUGUCUGUCGUCAGCAUGCUGGCUGAGCCCAACGAUGAGAGCGGAGCCAAUGUGGAUGCUUCCAAGAUGUGGCGUGAAGACAGGGCUCAGUUUUAUGUUCUCGCACAGCAAAUUGUCCGCAAGUCCCUGGGGCUUUAAUGGUCCAAUCCUUGACACCAUGUCCCAGGUUUCCCCCUCCGGGUCUUGGACAUUCAUCCUCUCUUCUGCGUGCCUGUAAUCUGGAAGGCUCUGGAGAGAAGAGAAGGCUUUCGGAACUGUGAUGACAAAGGCCACAGAGACAUUCUCUCCUCUCAACCCAAAACUUUUUCUCUACUUAUGCUGUCUUGCAACCAGCCUCGGGUGUUUGUGUUAUGGAUACAGAGUGUGUGUGUGUGUGUGUGUGUGUGUGUGUGUGUGUGUGUGUGUGUGUGUGUGUGUGUGGGAGGGUAUUUGAGUCCUACGUUUAGUUUGUGAAACAGUUUAUUCUUGUGUGCUCACUCUCUCCUUGAAGCACUUUAAUUUUUCCAAAGGACACUUAAUAGCAAUACAUCAGUAUUCAAAACAACCAUCAACACAUAUAUUCUGGAGAGGUAAAUGCUGAGUUAUUAUGAAUUACUGAAUUAGUGUGACCUUAUUGAGUACUGAUUAUGCUACUGUUUGUGGAGGGCAGUGUGUAUUAGUUGAAUAAGAAAAGGACAGACGGUGCAGGAAGUCAGCGCUCUGCGAUGUGCUUCUCGUCCCUGCCACUCUGUGUGCACGUGUUUAUGUACUUGUUUGAUUGUUUGUCUUCUCAAGGGGAAGCAGAGUCCACAUUGCACACUCAGUCUCUUAGAUUGUUUCAUGCAUUGCUGUGCUUCCAAGAGGGGUGUUAUCAAUUAUGUAGUUUUAAAAUGCAAAUUCAUAAAUUAACAGAACAGCUGAAACCCCAAAAAAUAGACUCUACUUGGAAGUUUAAAAAGUUCCUGGUAAGAUGCAGUGGUUUGUGUUUUAGUCAUAAUUCACAGGUGGUUAGAGUGCAGUGUUUUUCAGUUGCUUUGUUUAUUUACCAUAUGCUUUUUCCAUCAUGUGGGGUCAUAGGAGACAAUCACAUGGAUGGCAAACCAGCAUGAUCCUGUACAUUAAACAUC